GAAUCCGACACUGAGAAAGAAAAGGAUCUGUUGUUCAAAAACCAGUUAUUACAAGAUGAGAUUGCUAUGCUAAGACUAGAACUUGAUCAAGUAAGACUUAGGCACCAGGAAGAAGAAGGAAAAUACUUAGAGGAAAAUGAGACCUUGAAAGAGAAAAAUGAAGAUCUGAAAAAGGAACUUAAAUUGAACGAGGAAGCCUUAACACAGACAGUUUUUCAGUACAAUGGACAGCUGAACUUGCUAAAGACAGAAUCUGCAGUGCUAACUUCGAAACUUGAGCAGACAAAAGAAAGCAAAGACAGACUAGAGACAGAAAUGGAAUCAUUUCGUUCCCGCCUGAACACUGCUGUUCAAGAACUUGAACGUCAUCAGUCAUCAAAAAGUGAUGUCGAACGAACAUUUCAGAGAGAACGUGAUGAAUGGCUUCGCUUGCAAGACAAGCUCCAUCAUGACCUCUCUGAUGUGCGAGAAAGCAACAAGAGCUUGUCUCAGCAGCUGAGUAAAGCUGAAAGCAAAGCUAAUAGUCUAGAAAAUGAUCUUCACCAGUUGAAACAAAUGCUCAGAGAAAAAACAUUGCUUUUAGAAAUGACACAAAAAGAACUAAGUCAAGCCCAGUGUCAGGCAAAGGAAUAUGAUCAUGCUCGACAGCUUGAGAAAGCACAAGUAAGCAAAUUUAUAAUAAAGCAGGAAUCGAUGCAGGAGCGAUUGGCCCAGCUGCAGAGUGAGAACCUUUUACUCCGUCAGCAACUGGAAGAUAUGCAGAACAAGGGGAUCAUCAAAGAAAAAGUAGUGAAUGAUGUGCAGGACCGGUUUAAUGAUAUUUUCAACAAACUCAGAUCUGAUACUGAAAAACAAGUUCAAUUAGUGGAAGAGAGAAACAAGGAACUAAAUGCCAAGUGUACUGAUUUAAGAGAACAAGUCUUUAAAUAUGAGACUGACAAAGUAGAAAGAGAG